AAAGCGAGUGUCUCACUCCGAGAGGAAACAGUCCACUGUAAGCUAUCACCGGAAGUGUAUCGCUCCUCAUACCGGCAGAGAAGUCAAUCUGCAGGGCUAAGCCAUGGAUUGUGUUCGAAGCGGAGACACUGAGUGUACGUGUCUGUGCUCGCUGACCUGCCCCGUGCUCAAGAGGUCUUCGUCUCCACUCCGAGGCUGCAGGGCGAAGCAAGGUUGCGAUAUCCGAUUCAGCAAUAAACGACCGAAACAGCUCCAGAACCGAACCUCCUACGUCAAGGUCAACAAUAAGAUCAACAAGAAGAACAUGGCUGAUCAACUCUACGAGCCGAAUUCACGCGUGCGCGAUAUAGCCUUCAUCAAAAGCAAGGCUGAAUACGAUGCGCUCUACAAGCGCUCCCUGGACGAUCCUCAAGGCUUCUGGAAGGAGAUCGCCGAGCAGUUCCACUGGGAAAAACCUCUGAGUGGCAAAGUGUUCGACUACAAUUUCAACGUCAACAACGGCCCAAUCUUUGUCAAAUGCAUGGAAGGCGCCAAAACCAAUAUAUGUUACAAUGCUCUCGACCGGAACAUUGAGAGGGGACUCGGAGACAACAUCGCGUACUUCUGGGAGGGAAAUGAUCCAGAAGACACGUCAUCCCUCACUUAUACCGAACUCUUGCGGCAGGUCUGCAAGCUCGCCAACGCCCUGCGUUCGAAAGGCGUCAAAAAAGGAGACCGGGUCGCCAUCUACAUGCCCAUGAUCCCUGAGCUCGUUGUCUCGAUGCUGGCUUGCACGAGAAUCGGAGCCGUACACUCGAUUGUUUUCGCGGGGUUCUCAUCGGAUGCGUUCGCGGAGCGAAUCAUGGACGCCAAAGCGAAGCUCGUCAUAACCUGCGAUGGGACUUGGAGGGGCAAUAAACUCAUCAACUUGAAGAAAAUUGUUGACGAAGCUUUCGAGAAGCUUUCUCAACAGGGCUACGAAGUCGAUAAUUGUCUCGUGGUCCGCCACCUCACCCCAGAAGCGGGAGCGGAGGCGCCCUCGAUUGAAGGCAAACGCCCGUAUGCCCCUUUCAAGGAGCGACUCGGACCCGUGGAUACUUGGUUCCACGAGGCGGUCGAGAACCAACCCGACACCUGCGCUCCCGAGUGGCUGGACUCUGAGGACCCCCUAUUCAUUCUCUAUACCAGCGGAUCUACGGGAAAGCCCAAAGGGAUCCUCCACACCGUCAGUGGAUACAUGCUGUACACGGCUACUACGUUCAAGUACGUUUUCGAUUAUCAUAUCGGAGACGUUUACUUCUGCACGGCUGACAUCGGUUGGAUCACGGGGCACUCCUACGUCUGCUACGGACCUCUGCUCAACGGCGCCACCAGUGUUAUUUUUGAAGGAACUCCGUUCCAUCCCACUAGUGCUCGGUUGUGGCAGAUCAUCGACAAGUACGGCGUCACUCAAUUCUAUACCGCACCCACGGCGAUCCGAGCCCUGAUGAAAGAAGGGGAUGCCUUGGUCACAGGCUCGUCCUCGCGCUCUAGCCUCCGAAUUCUCGGAACGGUCGGAGAGCCCAUCAAUCCCGAGGCCUGGCUCUGGUAUCAUCGCAUCGUGGGCAACGAGAAUUGCGCCAUCGUGGAUACUUUCUGGCAGACAGAGACAGGUGGCCACGUCAUAACUCCAAUUCCCGGAGCGAUCUCUACGAAGCCCGGCUCCGCGACCGUUCCGUUCUUCGGAAUCGAGCCCGCCAUCCUCGAUGAGAGCGGGAAAGAACUAUCAGGAAGCGCCGAAGGCUACCUCGCCUUCAAGCGACCCUGGCCGUCUACCAUGAGGACGAUCUUCGGGGACAAUGAGAGGUUCGAGACGACCUACUUCAAGAAAUUCCCAGGAUACUAUUGUACUGGGGACGGCGGCCGUAGGGACGAGGACGGCUAUAUCUGGGUCACUGGUCGCAUGGACGACAUGCUGAACGUGUCCGGUCAUCUCCUAUCGACUGCUGAAGUGGAAUCCACCCUUAUCGAACACGAAGCAAUCGCCGAGGCGGCUGCUGUUGCGGCUCCGCAUCCCGUUAAGGGAGAGUGUCUCUAUUGCUUCGUGACACUUAAAGAGGGUUACGAGUAUGGUGAUUACAUUGCCAAGCAAUUGCGGGAUAAAGUUCGUGAGAGAAUCGGACCCUUCGCGGCACCUGACGUCAUCCAUGCCUGUCCCGUACUCCCGAAAACUCGUUCUGGGAAGAUCAUGCGCAGAAUCUUGCGUGGCGUGGCGGUCAACAAUCGAACCCUCGGAGACCUCAGCACGCUCGCUGACGAAGGAGUGAUCGAGACGCUGUUUGCGACUCGUCCCGACACGGCCCCAUCUCUAGUUCGCGUCCAGUAAAAGCUUCGCGUAUAUCUCGGUCCUUUCCGCUCCAGAAAGAGAACCACACCCUCUCCCCCCUCCGUCAGGUCGAAAUAUGACAUAAGGUCUAACAUAUCGUCUUCAAACAACUAAUUGAGUUACGGGUCUUCGUGAUGGUGAUGAUGAUGACGACGACCACGACUAUAAUACAGACAAAAGGUCGACAGACACAUCACUGACAGCUCCUCCGAACAGCGCUUCUGAUACUAGCUGGAAAUUCAGUUCCGAAAAGAAAUUGCAAUAUUCACAAAGGACGGAAAUCUACCGAUCGUAUCCUCGGAAAUUUCCGGAAAAUAGUGAGAAAAGCUGAUGUGAUCAUGAUGAGUACAGAUGAUAGAUGAGCGUUCUACUAUAUUUUGAAGCACGUCCCGAUGAUUUCCGUUGGAGUUUUGAAACAUACCUGAUUUCCAUAGAGGACUAUGCGACCCGUCUUCGUGCGCGACGAGGCUGAAAUAUCGGCCGCAAGCCACUCAGCCCUGAGGCGAGAUUCUGACCCGCGGCAUUUUCUAUUCGUGACCCAUUAUGAAUAAGUGACUCAACCUCCACUGACAAAUGUACCAGUCGUUCGUGAUCCCGGAGCUGUUUCACGGACUGAAUCAUUUCAAUGAGAGGUAUAUUCAUAGGAACUAUGGGGUACCUGAAAUGAGAACAAAACAACACGCUGGGAAACAUGAUGCUUAUUUUGUGUUGAAGUUCAAGCUCUCAGUUGUGUUUAGUACUUAAUCGAUGACACUUAUUGAAGGGUAGAGAAAUAAUGAUUUUAAAACAUGACAUGUAUCGUCAACAAGUCUCAGACGAGAAGCAGCUGAAGACAAACAAGGUCUCCACAAUUAAA